CCCUGGCCACGCUCAACGCACGCUGCAGUUCAGCUCAGACAGUUGUCCAAUGUAACAGCGGCAAGCGAACGUUUCACAGAAGCGAAUGUAUUGCGUCGUUUUUGAGAGACAGUUAGUCAAACGAGUGAAAUCAAUGUGCGUGGCACAUAUAAUGUGCAGUUAGCAUACUAUUCUAUACGACCCAGGAGAAGCAUAAACAAAUGUCACCAACCGAAACCGUGGUUAAGGGUGAAAGUUUUCCAACAGUUUGAACACAUAAUUUGUUUACCAACAAAACGUUGUGUGUGUUUGUGUGUUGGCUUGUGUUGCUAGUAGAGUAGUGAAAGUGUGCUAGUAGUGAGCGACGGUGUGGACAACGAGUUUACUAAAGUAACCCAACCUUUUUAAGCCCCAUCGUAAGAGGAAGCCAUUUCUAUGGCGGCAGUGAAGCAUCAUUAAGCGGACCUGUGAAUAGUGAAGCACCACAAAUUGAUCCAAAGGACAGCUUUGGGUGGAGGUUAACCAAAUAGACAAUACUCUCGUGCAAGAGCUAGCAGUUCUGGUUAGCAGAAACCAUACAAAAACGACCAAAAAACGUACGUUCCUACCAAAUUUGAAAGGCAACCUUCAGGCGAUCGGCGCGAAGGACCUAGAGCGUGUUGUUAUUAGUGUGACAGCAAAAAAAAAACGGCAUCUUAGUAUCCUUGACCACUUGUACCCCAAUCCGUGACCAUGGAUAUCUACUACAUGAGCGACAGCAUCCAGUACUCCUCGUUCCGCGGUCCAGUUUACCGGGACUACGAGAAGUUCCCGUACGGUACGCUCGAGAAUCCUCUGAACAAUCCCGUCUCGAAAGCUAAGCAGCAGCAGCAACAGCGACGACACCACUCGAACUCGAGCAGUAGCAGCACAAGCGCUCAAGCCAAACUGCUAAGCUACAUCGGCAAAACAGCGUCCGCUGGUAAAUCGGCAAAGGAUUCUUGCCCCUUUUGCAAGGAGCAAAAGAAGCGACCGCUCGGCGCAUACAUGCGGAAGCGUGGCCAACGCAUCACGACCGAAAGCAUCAGCGAGGACGCGGAAGAGUGCAACGCCGAUGAGCUGCGCGAGGAGGACGAGGAGGAGGAGAUGUGUACGGCGGCCCGGGGCAUGACGCUGUCCACCAGCCCGCCCGGUGACCAAUCAUCGCCAGCAGAUUAGCCCGCGCGUUGCCGGCUUUAAUCGACAGGAAUCGAUCGAAAGCAAAUGAGAACGACGCCUACUGGGGACACAUUGAGGAACAAAGCGUUUACUGAUCAUUAGAUAUUUUAAAGAUAGAUUUUAAGUUAUUUACUUUCGUAAGAGUUUUUUUGGAAAUGGAAAAUUUAAAUUUAAUGCGCAUUCAAACAAACUCAGUUAGCAAAUCGGAGUACGACGGCAACUCAACGUACAGACGACGUUCAAAACGUUGGUGGCAAAAAAACGAUAAUCAGUAGUUAGCGUAACUUCAAACUGGCCUUUUUCGCGGUCGGGAGAAAACACCCCUCAAGAGAGACAAACGUACCCACUGUUUAAGGUUGAUGCGAAAAGACUGAUCUAUAUUAUUAAACUUAUUGCUACGAGGAGGACACAUAGAAUCACCCACAGGGGCACUCCUUCGUGUAGCAAGCGGAACAAAUCUGAAUGCAAUUUUUGUUGCUGCACAAGAGAUGCAAACACUGAAGCGUAAAACGGAAAAAAAUGGUUAAAUAAUAGCGAAAGGAGGCAUUAAGCAAUGUAGGGACAUUUUAGAACAGUUAAUAGGAGAAAGGAGUGUUGCAUUUUUUUUUUUUCUACACGAUUUACAAAAAAAAAAGCGACAGACAGAUCUUACACACUUUUCUCAAUACGAACAAAACUCAACCACUCAUUCGAUAUGCAUUUUAGCAUGUUGAAAUUGGAGAAAUUGCGUUUGGCAGGGUACGUCUCUAGUUUGCUGCCAACAUGUUUUUACACCGUUGCUGUUACCCGCAUGUGACACAAUUUUGUUUUGUGUGAGAUCGCUAAAUGAUGAUUUAACUUUCCCGAGCAUCACUGGCAGCUGGGAAAAUCAAUUGCUGAAAGAAAAUGGUAUAGAGAAAACCCCGUGGAAAAAGAAGCACUUGUAAUCCGAUCAAUAUACAAUCAGAUUUUUUAGUAUUUAAUCCCCCAUCUGAGGUUAAGAAAAGUAUGAUAUUUAGAGAAUCGUGUUACAUAUAUAGUACAUACUAUAUUCAGAGCUUUUUUUGUGGAUGUUUUCAUAAACGAAAAAUAAAUAUUAACCUAUACAAUAUUACAAA